AUGGGGAAAAAGCAGUUUGGUAUUGUGGUGGCGGUUGUAUUCAUAGCCUUGGUUCAGGUCUCUGUCUCGGUACCGUUUAUAUUGCUUCAUGGAAUUUCAGCUGAAUGUUCUGAUGAUAAAGAAGCUAACUUCACACAGCUUCUCUCUAACCUCUCUGGCUCUCCUGGCUUUUGCUUAGAAAUUGGAAAUGGAAAUCGCGAUUCAUGGUUCAUGCCACUUACGAAACAAGCGGAAAUAGCGUGUGAGAAGGUGAAGCAAAUGAAAGAGUUGCGUCAAGGAUACAACAUUGUUGGAAGAUCUCAGGGGAAUCUAGUGGCUCGAGGGUUGAUAGAGUUCUGCGAUGGUGGACCUCCGGUUCACAACUAUAUAUCUUUAGCUGGUCCUCAAGCUGGAAUCUCCUCUGUUCCUAUGUGUGGUGAUCAUCUUGCUCCUAGUGGUUAUCUCAAAAUCCCUACCGAAAUGACAAAAUACCUGGAAAGCUCAAAGUAUCUACCUAGGCUUAACAAUGAGAUACCAAACCAGAGAAACUCCACAUACAAAGACCGUUUCACCAGCUUACACAACUUGGUUCUUGUCAUGUUUGAGGACGACAAGGUUAUUGUUCCAAAAGAUUCAUCUUGGUUCGGCUUUUACCCGGAAGGUGAAUUCGAACCUCUUCUCUCUGCUCAACAGACAAAGCUCUACACAGAGGACUGGAUCGGUCUUAAAACAUUGGACGCUGCUGGAAAAGUCAAGUUCGUGAGUGUAGCUGGCGAACACAUCAGAAUGGCCAAUCCCGAUGUUGUCAAAUACGUCGUGCCUUACCUCCAAACCCAACCCUCUUCCCAACAAAGAUUCAACCGCAAAACGAAGCAGCCUCUGCGUCCUUAA